AUGUCAUCAAUCCGCUGUACCCUACUAUUUUUUUGUUUGACAUUCAACCUAUCCAGCAUCUCGGCCACUAGUUCACACCUUUCACUACGACAUCUUCGACCUCGAAUGAUGGGUGGUGGUAUGGGCGGCGCAGGCAAGAAAGGUCCCAGCGAGGACAUGGGCGCAGGAGGUCUUCCAAAGAUGGGUGGUGCCGGGGGAGGUCCUCCAAAAAUGGGCGGUGGACCUCCCGGUGGUGCUGGAGGUGCUGGAGCUUCCGGAGGUGCUGGUGCUGCUGGUGCUGCUGGAGGGGGAGGAGACGCGGGAGCCGGGGGUUGUGGGAAAUAUGCUAUCGUCAGUGCCAGAGGGACAGGCGAAAAGCAGAAGAAUCCUACGGGAUAUGCUGGCUUCAUAAAGGGUCUCAUGAAGCAGGUGGCAGGUGGAACAAAUUAUGAAGUCGUUUAUCCAGCCACGGUGGAUUACAACAACGGACCUAAACAAGGCGCAAAUGACGCGUUGAAAUACAUCACAAAUAGGAAGGGCAAAUGUCCUACGUCAAAGUUAGUCUUAAUCGGAUACUCGGAGGGUGCGAUGGUAAUCACUCAAUUAUUGAACAAGCAAGGUUUUCCAGCAGAGUCCGUCUCUUCAAUCAUCCUGUAUGGAAAUCCUUAUUGGAUAGCAGGGAAACAAUGGAAUGCCGGAACUGCUAAAAGCGGAAAAAGUAUCGCCGCGAUGACUGGAAUCAAGCUUCCUCCUGCCUUCGGUCCUAAGACACAAGAUAUUUGCUUGACUGGUGAUAUGAUCUGUUGUGGAGGUUCAAUGGGACCACAUCUCAAAUAUCCUGGAAGUCAAUACGAGAAAGAAGCAGUCUCAUACUCCGCCAAAAUGCUUAAUGGAGGUGGUCCUUCGACAGGUGGCGAAUCAGGCGCGUCAGGUGAUGCAGGAGGUGGAGCAGCAGCAGGUGGAGCAGACUCCCCCAAAAAAGGGCCCGGCGGCGGAGGGGCGAAACCAGGGGGGGCGAAAGGUGGAGGAGCGAAAGGUGGAGGGAUGAAAAUGGGAGGCAUGGGGCGGAGACGGUGA